CAUUACUUGUCUUUUGUCCACGCAUCCCGGCUUCUCUACGCUCUUCCAUUCUCAGAAAACCUGCCGCCUACCUAUCGACACCAGUACCCCCCUCGCCGCCACAAAUAUCUGCGCGCCUUCAUGUCUCGCGAUAUUUCCGUGCAUUUCCUUGGCACCACUUCUGGCGGAGGCCCGACAGAGACACGCAACUGUUCCAGCCUCGUCGUCGACAUGUUUGGAAAUGGACAGCUUUGGAUGAUUGACUGCGCGGAGGGGACCAGACGUCAGUUCGAACAACAACCGUAUCGUCCCGGGCAGCAGAGGUUGCGUAUGACGGACGUCACGAAGAUAUUCAUCACACACUUGCACGGUGAGCGCUCAUAUCUGCGUUCCUUUGUUGGAGUCCCUUUACGCGCCCCAUGCUUGACUGCAUAUACCGCGGGUAGCGUUCGCCAUGGGCGAGCUGGUUGUGUGCAGCUCUCAUGCGUCGGGCUGAGCUGGCGCACUGCGCGUUUCUGGAACGAAAACCUCGGGCGUGCUGCGGCGCCGAAUACUCCUGUCCGUAAAGUUCGGGAACGAACGUAAUUCUGAAUGUCGUGUGUUCUCACCGCGCUUCAAAUGCAUCUAGCAGACCAGGCUAGAUAGAGCACGCUGCCGUAGUUCACGUUCUUUGCUGGUCGCAGAUGGUACUCGCUCUGUUUGUUUGUGAGAGUUUUCGGCUUCUCUCAGUGUAGCCUCCCUCGUAGGAUGCUUUGUUGCGGUAGCCUGCCCCUGACCCCGAGCAGACCAGAUACCGAAUGGUUAGACGGUCUUAGCAGCUCGAAAACAGCGCAUAUAUGCAAUGUUGUUCUACGUUCUCCGUGGAUAUCAGUUCUUAGUGCUCAGUCGCCUGGCUUUUCGCACUCGACGCUGGUUUUCAGCAGUUGCUACCAGCCUCGGCGUUCGUCUCCUACUCACCAAAAUGACAGCCGACCACACUAUGGGCCUCCUCACCUUCCUGCGUAUUGUCCUUGGGAUACCGAAGCCACCAGGCGCUGUACCUAGAAACGCCCCUCCUCCAAAUAAACGUCCUCCGCGGGUCGAGAUCUUUGGUCCGCGCGGCGUUCGUCGAAUGCUGCGGAUGCUCUGGCAUAUAACGCACACCCAUUCCGAAUUCGCUUAUGUCGUUCACGAGCUUCUCUUUCCUGGAGAGCAGCCUUCCGUUCCGGCGGAAGUACGCACUAAUCAGGAAAGUGUAGACGAGGUAGACGUCCGCUCCGAGAGCGAAUGUGUGGGGCGUGAUAUCUGGUGCGAUGAACAGGGGUUCUGGAGGGGACUCGUUGACAUGUCGCCCAAGCAGGCGCACUGCCUUUGGGGGGCAGUCGUGGACGCGGGGCCAAUCGAACAUCGAGAUCCAUGUAUUGGCUACGUAAUUCGCGAGAUUCCUCGCGACGCCCUCUCACCUACCUCCGCCACGCCCCGCAAGUUUGUCAUCCUGGGCGAUACCUACGACGCAUCCUCAAUCAUACCACUGGUUCAUGCCGAUGCGAAUGCAUCUGCUCCGACCAAGUCCAAUGCGUCCACCUCGGACGUGUCCGUUCCGACACGUGUACCCAUUUCCUUGUCUUCCCCUCAUAUUGACUUCUCCGUCCUCCCCCUCCUCAAUCCUCAUGGUAACGAUGUCCAUGUUCGUGUGCCCGUAUCGUUACUUGUUCACGAAGCCACGGACGCAUACCUCCCCCCUCACAUCGAUCCACAACAGCGAACUGGGAAGAAUCGGACGCCUGAGAGUGUUACGGAGAAAGCGGUAUCGAGGGGCCACAGCACACCCGCCAUGGCCGGUGCGUUUGCGCGGGCCGUCGCGGCGGAGAAAUUGGUCAUGAAUCAUAUUGGCGCAAGGUUCCCUGCGCCCGAGAUGGAAUAUAGCAACCACCAUGGCGGUGGACGCAAUCAGUUCCGCCUCGGUUGCAUGCGUGAACUCGAACGGCAAGCCGCCGUCGGAUGGAACUCAAAGCGGCGGAUGCAUUCCUACGUUCAGGCCGCACGGGAUCAUUUGACCGUCUCCAUAGUGCCCAACAAACCGCGCCAAGUAAUCGACGUGGACGACGAAGAAGACGCCUUCGCACAACUGCAAGAACCACAAGAAGGGGCUACAGAGCCACUGGGGAAGGGGAAGAUGAGGGCUCCCGGUCCCAGCCAGCCUAGGCUAUCCAGAGAAGACAUCGAUGCGAGCAUGGUACAAGAGGUUGAGUACGUAGGCGAACUAGAGCUUGGACGAUCUGUGGGUAUAUCGGCGUCAGGUGACGGAGAUGCCACAGCAGAUCGUGUGGCAGCAAACACUCGCAGACAAGGGAAACGGCGCGCACCGAUGAGUGACGGUUCAGGUGCAGGCGACUCUCGAGGUGGAUCCCGGUUCAGACUUGGAC